AUGAACUGGGCGUGGUUGGGGAUAUAUGAUCAUGUUGGGUUGGUUAACAAAAUGCGAGCUGUAGGACUGAGGUGCGGCGUAAGUGGAGCAUCCGCAGCACAGUUGGUACUAGUCAAUGGUAAGCCCACAACCCCUCCGAUGGAUCAAUGGCAGGCUGUCAACUUCCCAGUUAUUGCGGGACAUGAAGCAAGCGCCGUGGAUGAUAACUACAACCUGAGUGAACCCCAUCCCACGGAAAUCAGAAAAGCAGAGACGCUGUGGCGUAACCGAGAGCAUGAUGGGCGCUUCUGUGCUAUGAUCCCAGUGCAGCUAUACUGUUCGUUUGCCCAUGCAACCAACAGCACGACUUUCUCUCAACUGAAAGCGGAUCCUUCACCGUCCUGUAGAGUAGACACAGCACAACAGUCCAUCGUAAGAAAUGUACCAUACAACCAACGUGUUGGCUACCGGCAUAUCGUGCCGCUUCUAGGCCAGCUUGCAAUGCAGUUACUACAAUCCCGCGCCGUUGGAUGCACAGGGCGUCUCAACAUGAUGAGGGGUUCUGCAAGUGCUGGUGUGACAUGGCCGCAGGAACGCCAAGGUGUGGUAGUAGCAACAUUGCAGGCAAAGUCGAGAUCAGUCACAAACCCCGCGCCUGCAACCCGCUAUCCCAUGGCAACGCGGGCCCUCUCCCAGUCGGAUCGACCCGCUGAUUCGCAGAAGGGUGAAGAGACAAGUUGGGGUUGCGGAUGGGCGAGCCGCCCUCUUGCCGGAAGGUGGGCUUGCGCGUUAACGCUGAGCGAACCAGGAGGGGCCAACGCAUAUCGAUCCGGAGAGAUCGUGAGGAGUCAUGACUUGAGCGCCGUCCCGGCGAUAAGGGCAUGUUGUAUAUGCAGGAUGCAUUUGCGUUUAGGAACAUUGACAGGGAUUUGCGGCUUGUUGGAUGGAUUGUUGGAAAUCCCCGCCGCGGAUGGAGAGAUCCAGCGAUGCUAUAUCCUCGAGCGAAGGUAUAAGAAGGAGCAAGGAGACGCAGUUCAGUAUCCAUCGAGACAGCAGCAGCACAUCACUCUUCCUUUCUCGCUCUCCUCCUUCACAUUGAUCACUCCGGGACAAGCAGAGGCACGGCAAGCGCCUUACCCGAUCCCCUCUUCCGCAUCCUGA